CCGUCCAUUUUCAUCAAUCAAUUCUCAAAAUGACUUGCAAUCUCUCCGAGAUCGUCUGGUCCAUCAAGAACAAGGAGACUGACUCAACUGCUGAGUUUCUUGACAGGCUGGAGAAAGAGGCCGGGGACAUAAAUCCUGCAUACAAUGGUCGCAACUUAAUCCACUAUGCAGCAGACUAUGGGAAUCUUCACACUUUGGAGCUGCUUGUGAAAAAAGGCUGCGAUGUAAAUAUUAUGGACAAACAUGAGAUCACGCCUUUACUAGCAGCAAUUUGGGAAGGGCAUGCCAAAUGCGUCAAGUUCCUCAUUGACAAUGGAGCCAAUUUGAGUUGGAAAACAUCAGAUGGCAAAACAUACUUGGAAAGCACCGAUGAUGAAGAAAUCAAGAAAUUGGUGAUAGAUGGACUCAAGAAGCAAAACUUACCAGUUGCCUAAACUUCCCAAUUUGCCAUGGACGGAGCAGAGAUUCAUCAUGCAGCUCUCAACUCAACACUGAUAUGUACUUCGUACUUAGAUUUAAGACAGUCCUCAGACAAACAGUGUGAAAGGUUUUCCAUUGUGUACCUAGCUAUUAAAUGAGGUUCUCCCAAACGGAUCUUCAUUGAUAGAAGAAUGUCAACAUUAUUGUGAAUAGACUGAUAUAAUGGCUACAGCAUUCAUCAUAUAUUGCAGUUUGAUGUUUCCAUUGUAAAUGGACACAUAAGUAGUCUUUUUGAGCGCGUUUCAUUCAAGAUGGAAGAAUGCAUGUAACUGUCUCUUGCAUUUUAAGUUUCUAAUGUUUAAUGAGUUAUUGAUUGAUUUAUGAUUCAUUAAUUGUUGUUUCCUAGGCGAAGGAACGUAUCUCAACUCUACCAUUGCAAAAUUCACUAAAUUAAUUUAUCUCUUACUUCAAUGACGGUGUAAUGGCUGCCCAAAAUAGCAUUGAUUUUUCACUUAAUCCCUAAAAAAAUCUGUGGAAACAUGUCGAAUAGUUUCCAAGUUAAAAUAAAAAUUUCGAGCCAAAAUUUGGCAAUGGUGAUGCAGGGCUGCGUGCUAUUGUCAGGAAAACAACGUAAUGACAAAAUCGUAAUGGACUAACACAAUAAACUCUACAGAGAAUUUGGACAUGAGGUCAUGUUCCAUUGUUUCAGUUGGAACCAUCAAAAAUUGAUACAAGUAGUGUGAGGAUGAUGUAGCCAUCUAAUCUGUCUGCAUAGGUAAAAUUACCUAUUCAUUUGAGACUUUGAUUGUACCAAAUUUUUAAGAACAAUGCUGCUACAUAAUAUGAAGUCAUAUUUAUAGAUUUGGCAAUAAAUGAAAGAGGGGGAAUAAUUACUAUUAGCCAGUUCCUUGUAUUUUAAUACUACGACAGCUUUUUAUGCUGAAAGUCCUUCUUAAAAAGUAUUACUUGAUCAGCAGUCUCAUCUUUGAACUCAUUUUGAAUUUAUUCAACAAAUUUUGUUUUGCAAAAAACACCACUGUUUUUAACUUGCUGUCUGAGGACUUAAAACUUUUUUUUAAAAUAGAGAGUAACUGCACCAUAUCAAUCAUGAAUUGGAAGAAAACUUGUCUUGAUUGCUCUGUUUUAAGAUUUUUUAUCUUUUCCCCUUUUAUUUCUCUUUUAAAUACAGCAAUGAUCCAAUUAUCCAACGCUCUAUGGCAAGAGCCGCAUCAUGGCUGGUUGAAUGCGAUAAAUGAGUAUAUCCAUUGCAACGCGUAAGAAUCUCCAAUUAUACUUUUUUUUUCCAAUUCAAGGAAAAUUAAUGAAACAUUUUUCUUGUAAUUUUCUGUGUUUUUUUUCGGUUUUUGAGAAAAUUCACGGAGAUUCAAUACAAACUGUUGUUUAGUUUUCCUUUGAAAAAAAUUAAACAUGAAAGGAGAUUUACACUGUUGCCAUCUGAGGUACGCAUUUUCUGACUACAGCCAAUGACUUGUGAAACUAUGAGCAGCUGCAAUCAUAGGCUUGUGUUUUUCUAAUUUCAUCAUAACCAAUUAUUUUAUCUUUCUGAUUCUUUUUCAGGAAGAAGAAAUUAUUCUUAGUCUUGCUUCCAAUUUGCAAAAGAAAGAAAGAAAUAAGAUGGGUCUUGACUAUUUUAUAAGUCCUAGGCUCUAGAGCUGAUGUCAUUUUAUUUGGACCGGCUUGGUUUAGUGGCUAUGUCAUAGUUUUAUAUUGCAAUUUCUAUGGUUUAAAUAUAAUUAGACGCAUAACCUUGUGGUGGUAAAAUGCGUCCAGGUGUUUCUUGCAAUCGAAACUUCUCAAGUUCAAUGAGUCAUCAAUUGACCUCUGACUUGUCAAUGAUAAUAUUGUAAUUUAUUAACACAAUUAACUCGCUUAUAGUUUGGACAUGAGAUUAUGUUGAUUUGCUUUGGUUUGAACCAUUGCAGAUCAACAAUGCAAAAAAUUACUGCAAGAGUGAUGUAGCCACUGAAUCAGUCCAGUAACAGAAAGGAGCGCACUCAAAUGUUUAUGAAAUGUGAGUUUUGGGUACUUUUAAGUGGAUUUAAGACUGAAAAUAAAUUUGCUUGAUUUUAUAAGGACAAUAGUCAAUCGAUGACUUAAAUCAUCAUCUUUUUUUUUUUUUUUUUUUUUUUUUUUUUUUUUUUUUUUUUUUUUGAUGUUUUAGAUACAUGUUUGUUGAAUCCAAUCUGUCAUAUUAAGUCCUUUUAAGGAGCUCCUGAAGCCACCUUGAAUUUAAUCAUCUCUUAACUGGAACCAUUGAAUGUGAUAAAUUCUUAACAAACUUCUCAACCUGUGUGUCGCUCCUUUUCCAAAAUGAUUUGCAUGUUCCAUCCAAAAUGUUUGACAUUUCAUUCCAAAUUUUUUUCGUUCCGGUUUUAUCCUUCUCUCUUUUUUUAAAUUAUGAGGUAUGAGUCGUUCAAGCUUUGGGUGUGAACUGAAAAAUUUGUCUCUCCUUCUGUUUUUAAUUUUGAAUGGCAUGAGCCUGUGAGCUUUAAACGUUUUCCAUUUCAUUGAUUUUCAGUUAAUUUUGCUGAAUUUUCUUGUCAAAUAUUUUGAGCAUUUAAUACCGGCUGAAGACCCUAAAAUUUUUGGUGACGUUAUACACAACAUCCAUGGCUAUGCUCACAUGAUCACCACCUUGUGUUUGUGCACUGGUGACUCUACCUGCGCUUGUUCUUUGUCAAAUUUUGGCUUCUUUUCUUACCUAAGUUUGAAGAGUGUUGAGAAAAACUAGACACAAUCCAAUCUCUAUGUCUUUCUACUAUUUUUUUUUUUUUUUUUUUUUUUUUUUUUAAACAAAAAAACUAGUCAUACCUUUUUGAACUUCAUCCCCGUAAUGAUACUUUUAUUCUUUUUUCCCCCUCCUUGAAUCAAUUUCUAGAAUUUUAGCAUAGAUCGUAACUUUUAGCAAACCAUACUUUAAUUUUUUAGUUUUACAGGAACUUGUAAAAAUUCCCAGCCUGAUAUAUUCAAGAUUUUUUACAUUUUAAAAUUUGUAUGAACGUUUUUACCGUCGUGGUAGAUCUAUAUCAAGUUGUAGUGCACCAAUAAGAACAUGCCUUCAUUUUAUUCGGGUAUUUCUAUCUGCCUUAAAAUUUUCUUCACUCAAGUAGCAAUAUUUAUGUGUGUAGUCUGUCAUAGUUGGUAUUAAGUUCAGAAGACACCAAUUACAUCAUUUGUACCAAAUUUUCCUACAACCCAGUGAAGAAGUAAAACAAUAUAGAUACCCCUGUCCUUUCCAUCCAAAAAUAGCAUUUAAUAUUAGUCUGGGAUUUUUUAGUCUGAUUCAGUUUGAUCUACCUGAAUUUCUGUGCCUUGGUUCUCCCGAAAUUUUUUCUGUCAAUUCAACAUUUUAUCGCUACAAAGUGAAACAGUUCUCUUCAUUUCGUUCCUCAUUUAGUUCAAGUCAGCUGAGGAAAACCAGCUAUUUUUAUUCAUCUCAGUAAUAACACAUACUUCAUUGAUUUCCUUAUUGAAACAUCAGUGUUUUUAUGAAAAUCGUCACCUUCUAGCCAAGGUAUUACAAGUAUCAUUUGUGCUUAGGCACCAUGUUAGCACUAAUGUAGCUUUUAAGCAUGAAUGGCUCUUUGUGAUACUUUGGCCCAAAAGUGAGUACUUGAUCUUGCAUUUGGUCCUUUUUAAGGAAACUAAAUGCUGUCGUGUGUACCAUGUUUGAAUUAGAUGAUUUUCAUUGACCUUAAAAACGUGGAAGAGUCCUAAGGUUUUGAAAAUUUAGAAAUGUCCUGGAGAACCUAGGGAAAAAUACUACAAAAAUCAUACAUGAAUCCUGAAUUUAUAAUAUGCAACCAAAAGGAAGUUAUAUGAAGAUAUUGUAAAGUGCUUUUCUCAAAAUUUCGACUCAUAGGUAUCCGUAUAAAAUAGUCAGGGAGAUAGUCACGAGCACCAUGGAUUUUCUGACUUGAUGUGUACCUUGCAAGAAAAUUUUCCCUGAAGAUCGUGAGACUCUCACAGCUACAAGGAAUAACGAGAGGUUAAGAUAGCAUGAAGUACACUUCCUGAGUAAUCACAAAAUUAAAAAUAGGUAGUGCUUUAAUUUUUUUAAUGAAAAGAACUCAUUAGAAUUUUUCGCUAAUAUUUUGUGGUCCCCCACAAGAAAGAACGUAUCUCGUUUACGCUGUUUCAGUAUUUCUACGAUCAUUAUUUUUAUGGAAAACCAGUUCAAAAAUGUGCCCUACAAUUUUAGAGUUUUUUCCUUAUUUAGUAAAGCAUUGAAAAUUUCAAGCAAAUCGAUGAGGCGGCUCCUCUACAAAAAAUAAAACACAUCAAUAAGAAAUAUAGAAACAGCACAAUUGAGAUAUGCUUCCUCGUACGGGAGAUGACAAUUUAUUUAAGAGCAGGAUCAGAUUUUUAAUGGAGUCAGUUUUAUUCCCUCCCCUAAAAAAUAUACUUUGCUACAAUCACAGGUGUCAGUAAUGAGUCAUUUUCUCGAGGUGUUAAUUCAAGGAUGGUUGAGAAGUUAACUUCAUCUUUGCUGUAUUCUUCAGCUUUUUUUCUGCAUUUUAUUCACUUUUCUUCUAAUCCUUCUGUCAAGCCUUUUUUCUCAUAUAAGUAUUUUGUAAAAGGAUAAAAGUAAUCACUAAUUAUUAUUUUAUGUAACGUAUUAAUCAAAGCUUAAAAAAGCAUGUGAUGAUUUUGAUUUCUUGUCCUAGAUUGUAAUGUGUAUAGUCAGCUGCAUAUAUUUUGCAUUUAACAUUAAGUAAACGUUUGUAUUUUCCUAGUUUUAUCAGUUGAUGUGUUUUUUGUAUAAAUGGAAAAUAUUUAUUCAAUAUUUUAUAAUAAUAAUUUUUCACUUAUUUCAAAA